AUGCGCAACGCGCCCAAAAGCCCGCCGGAGAACGAACUAUCAUUGCCUAGCUUAUUGCCUCCCCUAUUGCCUACCUCAUUGCCAGACAUAUCCGAAGAUGGCGCCUCCUUGUCCUCUCACCGAGAUCCUCCUCCGGUCCCUCUUCGCGCCUCAAAUCGCCCAUUACAUAAACAGUUCAUGCUAGGUGUACCACCGCGGUUCAAUUAUGAGACAAGUCCGCCGCCAUAUGGAGAUCUCGUCGAGGACGGGCCAUUGGAUGGCGAGGGUGGAGAGAAACUGGCUGGGUUGAGGAGGGGCGUGGCAAACAACAAACAUAUCGCAAGAAGGGGUGGAUGGAAAAGGUUGCUGCUUGUUGGACUUAUCCUCGUGCUGUGUGUUGUAGGACUUGUGGUGGGAUUGGUCGUUGGGCUGACGAAUAGGAAUAAGAACUUCAAAAACAGCAGUGGAAGUCCCUCAGGAGGCGCAUCAGGAUCCGUGCAAGGCGGCCCUACAAACCCAGCAUCAGACACGACAUUCCCAGCAGGCUCCUACUCUUUCGAUACCUACCUCUCAACCGUGUCCACCAAUUGCACCUCUAAUUCCGCCACUUGGCUCUGCUACCCCUACUCAACAUAUGCACAGAAUCCCUCCGCAUCUGUCGCAACCUUUGACUGGAUCAUUUCUCCCGUCAAAGGCACAAAAAGCAACUACACAAUCUCCUCAACACCAAACUACUUCUCCGUCAUGUUCAGCAACGCGUCCCUCUCCCUCCAAUCUGCUGGAAACGCAGACGAGCACUACUACUUCCAAAUAGACAUGCAGAAAGACACUAAACCAACAUCGCAAUUGGGAAGUCAAAAUGUAGCUGCGACUUGUUAUUUCAACCAGACGACCUUUGAAGGAUAUCUAUAUACCAAGUUGCCAAAGACAUACUCAAGUGGUGGAAAUGGGACAGAUGUGAAUGAAAAUCAAUCCUUUGCUGCCUGGCCAAACGCAGUCAGAAUCGAGCAAGUAGCUUCGAGUGGAAGCGGAAGCCCGACUUGCCUUGAUCCGUCCGGGGACUCGCUGGGAGACUUUAGUGUACAGCAGCAAGGGGAGAUGUGUGAUUGUUCAUACAUAAAUACUGGGACGUGA